UGUUCUUAACGGAGGACAAAGCCAAUUCUGUGUUAAGAAGAUACCCGAGAGCCAACACGUUUUUGGAAGAAUUAAAGCAAGGUGACAUAGAACAUGAAUGCAGGGAAGAAAUCUGUAGCUAUGAAGAAGCAAGAGAAGCCUUUGAAAAUGAGGAAAAAACG